AGGACGCGAGGGCAGCGCGCAAUGGCAGAAGGUCUGUGAGUGUCUAGGACUGCACUUCGCACGGCUGAACUGCGGCAACUGGGAAGAUGGCUGCCAUGUGGUACAAGCUGCAGGGCGCUUACAGAGUCUUCAACUACGAAUGGGCAGCGUUGGUGGUCGCGUACACUGUGUUUGUGACGCGUCUGGGCCCCUGGCUCAUGCGCGACCGGAAGCCGUUUGAACUGAAGAGGACGCUCAUUGUGUACAACGCUCUGCAGAUCUUCGCCAACGCCUACAUCUUCUAUAAGAUGGUCCGGCUGGUGAAUCUUUACUUCUGGUUGAAGAUUGCCGACUUAUUGGACACCAUAUUUUUCGUUCUUCGCAAGAAAAACACCCACAUCUCUUUCCUGCACUUGUAUCACCACAGUAACAUGGUGUUUCUCAGCUGGGGCGCGGUGAAAUUUUUUGCAGGAGGUCACGGGACAUUUUUGGGUUUGUUCAACACGUUUGUGCAUGCUUGCAUGUACACAUAUUACCUCAUUGCGGCAGUAUACCCUCAUAAUAUCUGGUGGAAGAAGUACGUGACACAGCUCCAACUGGUUCAGCACACGGCGGUAGGAUCGCACCUGGCGCAGCUGUUGGUGCACAACCCCUGCAACUACCCCAUGUUGGUGCCGCGCGUUCUGGUGCCGCAGGCCAUUUUCCUCAUCCUCCUCUUCUCGCACUUCUACCAGCGCACAUACGGCCGGAAGGCGGCGCAGGACACUAAAGCCAAGGCCUCCUAG